GGAUGUCUAGGAGCACUAGAUGGUACCUACAUUGACGUGCGAGUUCCUUCUACUGAUAAGGCACGAUAUAGAAAUCGUAAGAGUAGUGUAUGUGUUAAUGUACUUGGCGUUUUCUAUAAAAAUAUUAACUUCGUGUACAUGCUAUGUGGUUGGGAGGGGUCAGCUGCAGAUAGUCGAGUCCUGCGCGAUGCCGUUACUAGGUCGCAUGGUCUAAGUGUUCCAAACGGCGAGUUCAUUAUCAUAGGAAUAAUGAUGAAACCAAUCCUUUCGUGCAAUAAUAUUGUCUGCACAGGUAUUACCAUGGACUAUUCAUUUAGCCAUGAAAGUGGGAGAGCUUCCUCCUCCCAAACAACACGACGUCGUGUUUGGAGUCCUGCUGAGGAGCAGUCCCUAAUAGAUAUUUUAAAAGAUAUGGUUAAUGAGGAGUGGAGGGCAGAAAACAGUUUUAGGCAAGGAUACAUUUUCGAGAUCGAGAGAAGAUUGAAGUUAAAGUUUCCAAAUUGUACCAUUCGUGCGGACCCUUACAUAAGCUCAAAGAUUCACGUGUGGCGGAAAAACUAUGUUAGUGCACUCAUAAAACGUACCUCGGGCUUCGGGUGGAAUGAGCUAACCAAAACUUUUUCCUGCGAUGAUCCUGUACGGAUUGCCUGGUUAAAGGCAACA